UUGUUAACUGUUUGUAGUUAUACACGUGCCGCGACAUUUCAGAGUUUCCUGGUUCCGACUAGCACUUGAAUGCGGUAUUUAUAAAAAAAAUAUAUUUGGCAGUACUGCGUCAAUAGGCUCAUAGAGCAUAGGAACUAGACAAGACAAUGGUCAAGUGUAUCUAGUACAUGUAUGAAUGGGGCGGCAGGUAGCCUAGUGGUUAGAGCGUUGGGACAAAAACUGAAAGGUUGUUGGGUCGAGUCCCCGUCCUGACAAGACUCAUCCAGAGGGACUUGCAGUCAGUGCAUUCCACUUGCGGUAAGAUGGCUACAGUCGGAGGAGGAGAUUGAGAUCUACCCAAUGAGUCAGGAGGUCAGUGGGCGUGUUCGACAUUGCAGCCGACUUUAAAGAUGACGUCCAUGAAUGGCGGGAGCUCAGGCGGGAUGAAAUUUGAGGGCCUGGUAGAUGCGUCAAUCAUCCGUGUCCCGCCCCACCACUUCAUCCAUGUCCUGGACCAAAACACCAAUAUCGCCCGUGUGGAGAUUGGACCGCUCACCUACAUCAGACAGGACAAUGAGAGAGUGCUGUUCUCCCCCGUGCGAAUGACCAUGGUCCCUCCUCGCCACUACUGCGUGGUUCUCAACCCCGUUGCUCGCGAUGACCACGGACAGGUGCUCUUCGACCAAUCAGGACAGGCCAAGCUUCGCCAUGCCGACCUGGAGAUCCGGCUCACCCAGGACCCCUUCCCCCUCUACCCUGGAGAGGAGAUCCAGCAGCACGUGACAGCGCUGCAGAUCGUCUACCCAGACACCGCCCUGCGCCUUCAGGCUCUGCUGGACUUUGAGGAGGUGGGAGGAGAGAAGAGGGUGGGUGGAGAUGAGUGGCUGUUCGAAGGGCCAGGGACGUACAUCCCCAGGAAGGAGGUGGCAGUGCUGGAGACCAUCAAGGCCACGGUGAUCAAAGAGAACCAGGCCAUCCGCCUCCGAGCACGCAAGGAAGGAGUGGACAGGAGCGGAGUCCGCAGGGUCACUGGUGAGGAGUGGCAGGUGAGAAAGGUGGGGGCGUAUCUACCAGGGGCUCAUGAGGAGGUCCUCGACAUCGUCAACGCUUUCAUCCUAACUGACAAGAAAGCACUGCACGUGCGAGCAAUACGGCCAUUCCGUGACGCCGGGGGGCGGGACCGGCGCACUGGGGAAGAGUGGCUUGUUACCAUGGCGGAGCGGGAGGCACACAUCCCGUCUGUUGCCGAGGAAGUGGUGGGAGUGGUCAACGUGACCACGCUGAGCAGCCGUCAGUACUGUGUGAUCCUGGACCCGGUGGGACCAGACGGUAAACCACAGCUGGGUCAGAAGAGGGUGUGCAAGGGUGAGCGUUCGUUCUUCCUGCAGCCAGGGGAGCAUUUAGAGGAGGGCAUCCAGGACGUUUAUAUUCUCUCUGAGGAGGAGGGCCUGGUGCUGAGGGCCAUAGAGGCCUUCAAAGAUACACAGGAGCAGGAGGAGGAGGAGGAGGAAGAGGAGGAGGAGAGGGCCAAGCUCUCCCGGAGGGGUGGAGUCCAACGUCGCCCUGGUGACCGCUGGAUGCUACGUGGACCAAUCGAGUACGUCCCCCCGGCUGCCGUGGAGGUGAUGCUACGGCGACAGGCCAUUCCAUUGGACGAGAACGAAGGGAUCUAUGUCCGUGACAUCAAGACAGGAAAGGUCCGUGCUGUGAUUGGCCACACCUACAUGCUGACGCAGGACGAGGAGCUGUGGGCCAAGAAUCUGCCUCAGAAUGUUGAGACCCUCCUGGCCUCCACAAAGGACCCCCUGGCUGACCGCUCUGACCGCAGCAAGGAAGUGGAGAUGAAGGACCGGGACAAGACCAAGGUGGUGUCCUACAGGGUGCCCCACAACGCUGCCGUGCAGGUCUACGACUACAGGGAGAAGAAGGCCAGGGUGGUGUUUGGGCCAGAGAUGGUAAUGUUGGGUCCUGAUGAGCAGUUCACCGUGCUUUCCCUGUCAGGGGACAAGCCCAAGAGGGCCAACGUCAUCAAGGCUGUGUGUCUGCUGCUGGGGCCGGACUUCUUCACUGACAUCAUCACCAUAGAGACGGCCGACCACGCACGCCUGCAGCUGCAGCUCAGCUACAACUGGCACUUUGACCUGAAGUCUCCUGCGGACCCGUCCCAGGCUGCCGCUCUGUUCUCGGUGCCUGACUUUGUGGGGGAUGCCUGUAAAGCCAUCGCCUCCCGCGUCAGAGGAGCCGUCGCCUCCGUGCAGUUUGAUGACUUUCACAAGAACUCCAACCGGAUCAUCUGCUCCUCUGUGUUUGGCUUUGAUGACAAGCUGUCUGUGCGUCCCAGCCUGCGCUUCCACCAGAACAGUCUGGUCAUCAGCAGUGUGGACAUCCAGUCAGUGGAGCCGGUAGACCAGAGGACCAGAGACGCCCUGCAGAAGAGUGUCCAGCUGGCCAUCGAGAUCACCACCAACUCCCAGGAGGCUGCCGCACGCCAUGAGGCAGAGCGUCUCGAGCAGGAGGCGCGUGGUCGUCUGGAGAGGCAGAGGAUCACAGACCAGGCGGAGGCAGAGAGGACCAGGAAAGAGCUGUUGGAGCUGGAGGCCCUCAGUGCGGCGGUGGAGAGUACAGGGGCAGCCAAGGCAGAGGCCCAGUCCAGAGCAGAGGCAGCCCGUAUCCAGGGAGAGGCGGCAGUCAACGAGGCUAAACUGAAGGCUGAGGCCCAGCGGAUUGAGGCUGAGGGCGAGCUGGACCGUCUGUCCAAGGCGAGGGAGCAGGAGCUAAACUAUAAGUCAGCAAUGGAUCGUUUGGAAGUGGAGAAACAGCAGAAGCUGGCUGAGAUAGAGAGCAACCGCUUUAAAAAGCUGGUGGACAGUAUCGGCGCCGACACCCUGAAGGAGAUGGCCAGAGCCGGCCCCGAGCUACAGGUCAAGCUGCUCCAGUCUCUGGGUUUGAAGUCAACCCUGAUCACAGACGGCUCUUCUCCAAUCAACCUCUUCAGCACGGCCAACGGCCUUCUGGGAGCUCUUUCUCAGAGCCAGGGCCAGUGAGAGGGGGAAGAGAAAAGGAGAACGUUCACAAUAAGAGAAUAAUGUCCUGUCUGAUAACAUCUCCUACAGAUGUAGGAUUUCUGGUUGUUUUUUGUCUGAUGUAGUAACUGACAAUUAGGCAUAUGAUAUGUAUGACUGUACGGUGGCGAUUAUUCUGAUGUGUGUGUGCACAUAGAUGUGUGUCUGACUAAAGACGUCCAAGUGAACAUUCCCCUUGGUUUACAUGGCUUUUUUGCUCAUCUGUUUUGGUGCCGUCGAUGCCCUAUAACGUGCUGUCCACUCCAUGUGUUGCGUAUCUAUACUAACCAUAAUCCUGGAUAGUAAGGAAUCUUUCCUUGUUUUGCUUUUGAGGUUUAUGCAAAUGUGUUUAAUUCAUUUGUUGAUCCAUUUAUCAAAGAAAUGAAAGCAUGGCUUUUCCCCGAAACCUUAAAUGUCAAUUCUUCAGUUUGUAUCCAUGGUUUGUCUGUACACACACACACACACUGGAUGAAGUGUCUCAAUCCAUUGUAACGAACCAUAUUUUUGCAAUGACCACCAUGUAUCAAACUCUUCAUCUACCUCUUCUGUCUAACUCAUGCAGUAGUGACUAAUAAAAACAACAUUAAGCUACA